GGUGUGACACACUGACGGAACUUCACUCACAGAGAUCUCAUUAUAGGUACACUGUGAGGACCGUCUGGUUUUAAAUUCUCUUGCAAAAAAAGGACACUGUAAACGGCAGAAUGCGCGAGUGUAUCUCCAUACAUGUUGGUCAGGCUGGCGUCCAGAUGGGCAACACCUGCUGGGAACUUUACUGCUUAGAGCACGGCAUCCAGCCAGACGGCUGCAUGCCUAACACCAGGCCCGCAAGAGCAUCUGACGAUUCCUUCACCACUUUUUUCAGUGAGACUGGCACCGGCAAGUAUGUGCCCCGAGCCAUCUUUGUCGAUCUGGAGCCCACCGUCAUUGAUGAGGUACGCACUGGUACAUAUCGCCAGCUCUUCCACCCUGAACAGCUCAUCUCCGGGAAGGAGGAUGCUGCCAACAACUACGCCCGUGGUCACUACACAGUUGGAAAGGAGCACAUUGACGCUGUACUGAGCAGGAUCCGCAAGCUGUCUGACCAGUGCACUGGCCUCCAAGGUUUUCUGGUGUUCCACUCCUUUGGAGGAGGAACCGGUUCUGGGUUUACCUCUCUGCUGAUGGAGCGUCUCUCAGUGGACUUUGGCAAGAAGUCCAAGCUUGAGUUUGCCAUCUAUCCGGCUCCUCAGGUGUCAACUGCUGUGGUGGAGCCAUAUAACUCCAUUCUCACCACACACACCACCCUAGAGCACUCAGACUGCGCCUUCAUGGUAGACAACGAGGCCAUCUACGAUAUCUGCCGCAGGAACCUGGACAUAGACCGUCCGUCGUACACCAACCUGAAUCGACUCAUCAGUCAGAUCGUCUCCUCCAUCACCGCUUCGCUGCGCUUUGACGGAGCCCUGAAUGUAGACCUGACUGAGUUUCAGACCAACCUGGUGCCCUACCCUCGCAUCCACUUCCCUCUGGCAACCUACGCCCCCGUCAUCUCGGCAGAGAAGGCGUACCACGAGCAGCUGACUGUGGCAGAGAUAACCAACUCUUGUUUCGAGCCAGCCAAUCAGAUGGUGAAAUGCGACCCUCGCCACGGCAAGUACAUGGCGUGCUGUCUGCUGUACCGUGGCGACGUCGUACCCAAAGAUGUGAACGUGGCUAUUAGCAACAUCAAAACCAAGCGUUCAAUCCAGUUUGUGGAUUGGUGUCCCACCGGCUUCAAGGUGGGCAUCAACUACCAGCCUCCCACUGUGGUUCCCGGAGGAGACCUGGCCAAGGUCCAGAGGGCUGUAUGCAUGCUGAGCAACACCACCGCCAUCGCAGAGGCCUGGGCCCGACUGGACCACAAGUUUGACCUGAUGUACGCCAAGAGGGCCUUUGUGCACUGGUACGUCGGCGAGGGGAUGGAGGAGGGUGAGUUCUCCGAGGCUAGAGAGGACAUGGCUGCCCUGGAGAAGGACUACGAGGAGGUGGGUGUCGACUCAUUGGAAGAAGACGAAGACGGGGAGGAGUAUUAGAAAAGGAAGGCGAACAUCUUGUGGACUGAGCAGCUUCAUUUCUAAUAUCAUGCGUUUUAAUGGCUGGUAUAUUGUUAACUAAUAAACACAACAUUAAUGCUGGUCUGAAGUAUGUAAGAGCUCAAUCCCAUCAUGUUUGAUUUUCUUGAGCAUGACUCUCCUUUAAAAGAAUGUGUUUGUACCUUCUUUUCAAAUAAAACUAUUUACACUU